AUGCGUGAAUUCUCCCUACCGCCUCCCCAAGGACGAGACGAUACCGGAGACGACAGUGAGGACUGGCCCUUGGACUCCGACGACAUGACAUCCGACGUGUCGAUGGACUCCGAGGGCUUGCCCACAGACCCGGAAAGGACACGCCGCAAACGGCGAAUCCCGGAAGAUGACAAGGCGCCGCCCCUUGGUAGAGGAGCGGUGCCCAAGGCUAAGAAGGGACGUGGCCGGCCACCAACGACCGGCCAAUACGUCGGCCUAGCUAAGGCCCAAGAGGACCUAAGGCGGGAAAAGGAGGAAGAACGCCGGGCUGCAUUCAGGGCGAAAGUCGAAGAGGUAGCCCGGGCGGCGCGGGAGGAGCGGGAGGCGAGAGAGGCGCGAGCCUCCCUUCGCGCAAGCCCAGCCCUGACUGCAGAAGACACGGAGCAGACGAGCGCGGCCCUGGCGGGUAGCGUAGAGAGGGCCUUGGAAAUGGUGACGAUGGUCGCUACAAGGUCCUCCAACUUGAAGGGCACGUACCAGCGGGCCCUCAAGGAGGCGGUCGCAUCCAUAAAAGCGGCCGUCACGGAGAUGAGGGGCCGCGGUCAAACGGCUGAAAUACGGGCACUGGAGGAGCAGAACGAUCGCCUCCUGCGCCAAGUCAAUGCGAUGCGUCGGGAGCUAGAGGACCUGCGGCGUCGCGUGACUGGGCCCGCACCUGACGAUCUGCAGAGGAUGUUGUCGGAGGUCUCGCGCUCCAAUAUCGAGACCUUCGGCAACAUGCUGAAUGCACGGCUCGCCGGCCUGGAAGAUAGGCUCUUGCCCGAGCCUCGGAGAAGACCGCCGCUGGCGGCGGACGGUGCUGGUCCAUCAUCCGGCGCCCCACCAACAGCGGCUUCCAAGAAGACGCCGAAGCCGAAGAAGUCGGCAACGGCCAAGGCACCGGACGAGAGUUCGGCAGGCAGCGCGGCGGUCCAUUUACAGCCGCCGGCUGCGCCUGCAGAGAAGGGGGCUACAAAGUCCAAAAGGAAGAAGAAGAAGAAGCGGCCAUCAAUGGCCGCUCAAGAGGCGGCAAAGGGGGGGCAGAACACCAACGCCCCUCCCGUUGAGGCCCCGUGGACCACAGUUGGCCCGCGCAGGCAGAAGAAGACAGGGGUGGCUACUUCAGCUAAAGCCGCCCCAAGAAAGAAGAAGAGGAAGGCCAAGCUCCGUGCUCCAGCCACCGCGGCGAUCACUCUCACGUUGGGGAAGAACGCCGCGGAGAAGGGCGUCAAAUACAGUGACGUCCUUUUAAAGGCUAAGAACGCGGUGACGACCAGCGGACUGGCAGAGCUGGACAUCCAAAAGCUCCAGCUCCGCUUCCGUCUAGCUCAGACCGGUGCGCGCGUCCUCACCAUUCCUGGUGAGGGCGCCCAAGAAAAGGCGGACUCCCUCGCUGAGAAGCUGAGGGAAGUUCUCGACCCUGACGUUGUAAAAGUCGGACGCCCGGCGAAAUGCGUGGAAAUGCGUAUCGCCGGGCUGGACGACUCAGCUACGACAGCCGAGGUCAUCGAGGCGGUGUCUAGAGAAGGUGGGUGCCCGGCCAACUCCAUCAGGUCGGGCCCAAUAAGGAAAGGAAGGUGGGGCGACGGCUCUGUCUGGCUGAGCGUCCCCGUUGCGGCCGCCAAAAAGCUCAUCAGCUUGAAGCGGCUGCAAGUUGGCUGGGUGUCGGCUAAGCCGGAGCACAAGGCAGCCGAGUGCCGGGAGAAGCAGCCCAAUUGCUUCUUCUGCGAGGCACUCGGCAAGGACAAGGACCAUGUGCUGGGUAGUAGCGGCUGCGUCACUGCGAAGCCGCUCCCCAGCACCAAGCGCCGGAAGAGACGCGGAGCUCCCUCCGAAAAGGCUCGGCCAAAAGAGCCUGGAGCCGGUGGUGCUGGGGUUAGUCAGCCCCAGCCCGCCAUGGAGGUGGAGCCAUAG